GUCCCUGAUGUCAGCCGAGAGCCCCAUGCCGCGCUCCUGCCAGGAAGGCAGGCAGGGCCUGGAGAACGGAGAGGGUGCUGCCCAGUGGAUGAAUAUGUAGAUGGAAUUCUCUCUGCAAAGAACUGAUACCAAAGAACAGCCACUUUUGAUUUUUGUUUCAUGUGGCUUUGUCUUGGCUGUUAAUGUAAUUAACAAAGCAGCUAAUGAUCCUGAAUUGCCACAAUUCCAAAACAAAUUCUUGCAGAUCAGUGUGUGCCAGCGCCUGGCAGGCGUCCUGUCCUCCUUCGCUGCCUCCUCAUUUCUACAGUAACCCAGAUCCUCCCAGAUGCUUGAUGCCCAGUCAGCCUCUUUGCUUCAGAGCUGCAAAUCUUGCAUGCUUCCUUUGGGGGGCGGGGCGGGGUGCCAAAAGUUCAAAGUAAUUUCUUCCUCUGCAAAUUCCCAGUGUCUUAUUCGCAAUCAGAGACAGUCCCCACAUCCCCAUGUGUGCUGACCAUUCUAGUUUGUGAUUUUUCAACCAACAGUGUUUAAUUUUCUGCCCUCCUCCUAUCACCUGGCCUGCCAAAUUAGUGUGGCCAUGUAAACAGAACUGAGUGGCAUCCUGAGUCCCUAUACUGAGGGAGGGGACGGAUCUUUAGACGUGUUCCAGACCUAUUCUGCAGACGGUCCUCUUCCACAGCUAAGCGGCCUCCCUUCCUGCGUCUGUGGUGGUCAGCGCCAACUUAAAUCUCUGUCGUCCUCGUAAACUUUUCAAAUGUCCUGCAAUUCCACCACUCCCACAUCUAAACUACAGCCCAUAGACUGGUUCUUACAUCUGGAAAGCAACAUUCAAACUUCUCGUUUCCUGUUCCAAAACACCCAUGCACUACGUCGCUAAGGCCUCUGGGGGGGCAUUCCAUGGCCCUCACAGCGUGGUUUCCCACAGAGAGGCCAGGAGAGCGAGGAGGACCAUGAGGAGGACCCCGACCGCUACGUCUGCAGCGGGGUCCCCGGGCGGCCACCAGGCCUGGAGGAGGAGCUGACCCUCAAAUAUGGGGCAAAGCACGUGAUCAUGCUGUUUGUGCCUGUCACGCUGUGCAUGAUCGUGGUGGUGGCCACCAUCAAGUCCGUGCGCUUCUACACGGAGAAGAAUGGACAGCUCAUCUACACACCUUUCACCGAGGAUACAUCUUCGGUGGGCCAGCGCUUCCUCAACUCCGUGCUCAACACCCUCAUCAUGAUCAGCGUCAUUGUCAUCAUGACCAUCUUCCUGGUCGUGCUCUACAAGUACCGCUGCUACAAGUUCAUCCACGGCUGGCUGAUCAUGUCCUCCCUGAUGCUGCUGUUCCUCUUCACCUACAUCUACCUUGGGGAAGUGCUCAAGACCUACAAUGUGGCCAUGGACUACCCCACCCUGUUGCUGACCGUCUGGAACUUCGGGGCAGUGGGCAUGGUGUGCAUCCACUGGAAGGGCCCCUUGGUGCUGCAGCAGGCCUAUCUCAUCAUGAUCAGCGCGCUCAUGGCGUUGGUGUUCAUCAAGUACCUCCCAGAGUGGUCUGCGUGGGUCAUCCUGGGCGCCAUCUCUGUGUACGAUCUUGUGGCUGUGCUGUGCCCCAAAGGGCCGCUGAGAAUGCUGGUAGAAACUGCCCAGGAGAGAAACGAGCCCAUAUUUCCUGCCCUGAUAUAUUCAUCUGCCAUGGUGUGGACAGUGGGCAUGGCCAAGUUGGACCCCUCCUCUCAGGGAGCCCUUCAGCUCCCCUACGACCCAGAGAUGGAAGAGGACUCCUAUGACAGUUUGGGGGAGCCCUCGUACCCUGAAGUCUUUGAGCCCCCGCUGCCUGGCUACCCGGGGGAGGAGCUGGAGGAGGAGGAGGAAAGGGGCGUGAAGCUCGGCCUCGGAGACUUCAUCUUCUACAGCGUGCUGGUGGGCAAGGCGGCAGCCACGGGCAGUGGGGACUGGAACACCACGCUGGCCUGCUUUGUGGCCAUCCUCAUCGGUUUGUGUCUGACCCUUCUGCUGCUCGCCGUGUUCAAGAAAGCGUUGCCUGCCCUCCCCAUCUCCAUCACGUUCGGGCUAAUCUUCUACUUCUCCACAGACAACCUGGUGCGGCCUUUCAUGGACACCCUGGCCUCCCAUCAGCUCUACAUCUGAGGGGAAGCCUGGGCACCGUGGCCUGGAAGCUGGAAGAAAUGGUAACUGGAUGCAGUUGUACAGUUUUACACUCUAGUGCCAUAUCUUUUUAAGACUUUUCUUUCCUUAAAAAAAGAGAGAAUAAAAAAAUGUUGCAUUUACUUUGUGAA